CAAGUCCCGCAGCGGCCGCCGCCCGGACGUGGUGGUCGGGCUUCCCUGGGACAGCCCGGAGGGGCGCCGGCGGAGCCCGUGCUCAUGCUCCGGGGGUGGCCAGUGUUCGUGAGAUGGUGAUGCCGCGCUCACCGUUCCCGGGGGAGGAACCCCUGGCGACGCCACGGCUCACUCCGAUUGCGCACACAGCAGACGCCGCCAUGCCGACGCUGACGCCGCUGACAUCGCCGACACCGCUGACGCCGUUGGCGGCCGACCUAUCGGAGGACGAAGACGUACUGCAGGCACUGCCACAUGGUCAGCUAUCCAGCCAGCUCCUGUCGCGCCAGAUGGACCAGAUUGUGCGCCGCUCCGUCAGCCGCAAGGACGAAAUCAAGCGUGAAACGCCAGCGGCCGGCACCAGUCAGCAGCAGCGCCUCUUCAACGCCUGCCUCACGGGCGACACGCAGCUGGCGACCGCCGCACUCGACGCCGGCGCCGACCCCAACGCCGACAUGCGCGCCGUGUCCAAGACAUCACGGAAGCGAACGCGCCUGGACGGCGACAGUAGACAGCCGCACGCGCGCCUGCGCUCGCCACGAGGUCAGCAGACAUUGCCCAGCCUGCUGCGGCCCAAUAUCCUGCUUCACCUGGUGGCGUCGCUGGGCGACUACGACAUGCUCGACCUGCUGCUGCAGCGCGACGCCGACCCAGCUAUGUCCGACGCAGUCGGCGACACGGCGCUUCAUGUGGUCAGUCGUGUGCACCACCCAAUCGACGUGACCAUCGAGCUCGUGCGGCUGCUGCGCGAGGCCGACGCGCCGCUGGAGGCGACGAACAUGGCUGGCCUGACGCCGCUGCAUCAGGCGGCCGCUGCCGGCAAUACGGCCGCUCUACUCACCCUGGCCGAACUGGGUGCCCGCUGCGCCUGCCAGAACGCACGCGGCAACACGCUGCUGCACGCAGCCGUCGCUUCGGGCUGCGCCAGCACCGUGUCGGCGGCGCUCGACCGGCUGCCGGCCGCGGCGCUGCACCAACCUAACAAGGCCGGUCGCACGCCGUUGCAGCUGGCCACGAACCGCGAGACUGUGCGACUGCUGUUGGUGGCCGGGGCGCGUGGAGACGAGCCCACCACACUGACGCUGCUGCAGAACGUGCCUUCGGCCGUACCAGACGUGCUCGAGCACUACAUGACCACCAACAAUCGGCCGCUGGACGGCUCCGAGCUCGAGGUGUACUUGGACUACAUGCCGUUCUGGGACGCCGCGCGCCAACAGCCGGCGCCCGAGACAGGCGUACUCCGAGCCAUCGUCGACGCCGACCAGGACGAACUGCUCAAACACCCUCUGGUCGAGACGUUCCUGCACAUCAAGUGGUUGCAGGUCCGUCGCUUCUUCAUCUUCAGCUUCGCGUUCUACGUGUGCUUCGCGCUGCUAGUGACGGGCUACGGAAUGAUGUGUGUUAUGCAACCGUACGCGGCAGCGACGAAGGUGCUGGCCUGCAUCUCCGGUACCCUCACCAUCGCCGCCACCAUCCGCGAGAUAUUCCAGCUGCUGUACAGCUGGCGGCUGUACGUAGGCAGCGUUGAGAACUGGCUGGAGGUGGUGAUCAUUGCACUCAACUCGGCACUGCUCAUCGGCCGUAACUCUUACGGCGGUUGGGUCCACCAUGUCGUCGCCUGGCUCAUUCUGACCGCCUGGAUGGAGCUGACACUUAUGGUGGGCCGCUUCCCCAGCAUCGGCAUAUACAUACAUAUGUUUAUCCGCGUCGCUCAGAACCUGGUCGGCUUUCUUCUCGUCUACUCGCCGCUACUGGUGGCGUUCGCACUCAGUUUCCAGGUGCUGUUUGGCGACAAAGCCGCUUUCCAAACCAUCCCAGUGGCGCUCAUCAAGACGUUCGUCAUGAUGAUGGGGGAGUACGAAUAUGACGGCAUGUUCACCAGCAACAACGCGCUUCUCUACCCUGGUACGGCUCACCUCAUCCUUAUCCUGUUCAUCGUCAGCAUGUCGAUCAUCACCGUCAACCUGCUGAUCGGUCUCACUGUCAACGACAUCCAGGGCCUGUUCAAGACGGCCGGCGUACAACGACUACGCAUGACUGUCAUCCAGAUCCUCUUCAUCGAGUCGGUCAUCUACUCCAAAGUCCUGCAUACGGUGCUUCGCUCGCGCAUCUGUCGGCGCAUGCAGGCCAAAGUAACGCUGCUGCCGAAGCUGUUGUUGCGCCAGGUGGACAAGCGCCUGUCGGGCCAGCCGGCAGCGGACACCACCUGCACGCCGGCAGACAAGACCGAGAACGGUAACGGCAACGGCGAAGCCGACGACGGCGAGCGUAUCCUGCGCGCCACCUUCCGCCCCAACGCCAAGGGUCGCGCGCGGCUGUACCGAACGACCGAGACGGGCGAACUGCGCCCGUCUCGAUACACCAUGCACGACUGGAUGCAGCGCAACAUGCUGGCGCUGUUGCGCGGCCGCGCGGCCGACGCCGACCGCGAGACCCGCGAACAGCUGCUGCAGGCCGAGAUACUGGCGUCUGUGCGCGCCAAGACCGGCGAGCUCGGCCCGCUCUACGAGGUGCCUGAGGCGGAGCUAGGGCCGGACAGCGCGCCCGCCUCCGACCGCCAGACAUCAGCCGUCCGUAACGUCAACGGAGACCGGGACGAGCAGACUGAGCCAGAGGGCGCCGGUCGCAGCAGGAGCGGCGGUCGCAUUCGCCGCAAGAACGCUCUGGCCAGCCGCGACUCGCUGGAGGAGCUCGGCCAGAAGCUGGACACGGUGCUGGCCACCGUGGCCGAGGUGUCGCUCAAGAUGGGUAUCAUCGAGCGUCGCCUCAACCUGACCAGCCCGCCGCGGCUCGACACAUUUUACUCGGUUUGAGCGCUGCUGGCUGUCUCGCCCCCCCCCCCCCCCCUUCCCCGAGCUCCGACCCAGCCCGGGGUCACAGAGGACCAGGCUGGGACGGCAGCUGCACGGCAGAGCUGCACCACUAGCCAGUUCCUCAGGCGAGGGACGGCAGGCCGAACGAAGUGAGCGAGAUCGGCACACAGGACUGAGCGUGAUAGACGCCAUGAACAUGGUGUAGUUUCAUGAAGAAGAGGCCAUAUCGAGCGUGAAAUGCGUACAUUGAUGUGUGGUGUUGUACUGCUUCCGUGUGCCGAGCCGCUCAGUUAAGAGGUUUUUGUGCCCUUGACGACGGAGGUGGUUUCGAACCAGUACCCGUUUCAUAGCCGCCCGGUUCACCAUACGAUGCAUGACUCAAACGCAUGGCUCAAAACGCGUUGUGUAAGAGAGAAAGUUGCAUUAAGUAGGUAUGACACGUCUCAGUAAGAUAUGUAUCAGUAAGCUGUUCAAAACACUACGCACCAUAGCGUGAUCGAAUACUAUGCUGGUGCAACGGCUGAAAGAUGGCUCAACAAUGCUGGUUUUUCCCUGCAUAUUGGUCGGGAUGAGAAAUCAUUGCGAUACGCGGCAAUACGUCCGUACAGCUGUGGUACAACGAAGGCUACAGCUGAUGUACGGCACUCGCAACGUGCCUUUAUUACGCAAAACACCGAUCCGAAGUUGCUUUACAAUCGCGCCGGUUAAAUGCGAUACGUUCGAGCAACGCAUAGACGGACCAAUGUGUGCAGGCGAU